AUCGCUAAAUUUGUUUUAUUAAUGCAUUUAUAUGAAAAGGUUUAUGAAAAAGGUCUUCCACAUUUUUUUUCGUUUUGUGAAAAUUAAUUUUAAAUCCACGGACCGCGUAUUUUGAAACAGGGAAAAUGGAUAAAACACCGUACUCCUUUCCUAUGUUCACACCCAGUCAGCUUGUUCAGGAUCUGAAUAUGAUCAUUGAUUUACCUGGGCUAGAGGAGAAGGACUUCAAACAGCCAACAAGCCAGAGAUGGCAGAAGAUUUAUUCGAGACUAGUUGAGAUUUUAUUAGGAGUCCCCUUUGAAAACAUACUACAGCAAACUCUGUAUGUCUCAGAUGAGAUGGACUUCCCUGAGCUGUAUGACGAGGCCACUGAGAUUGUGAUCCUUUCUCUUUCUCUAAAAAGAAUUUUAUCAUCUUGUGGAAUUCCUGAUUUUUCUGUUAAAGAUGUCAAGGAACCAUCUGCUAGCAGAGUACUGAAGAUCAUGUGUGGUGUCAUUAAUUUUAUCAAAUUUCAACAAGGCAGAAUUCAGAUUUACCAGGAUUUAAAAGAUGAGAAUAACAGAUUUCGAGAUCAGUUUGAUCACUUGAUUGAUAGACGAGAUCAAGUUAAGGCAAAAAUCAAAGAAUUGAAGGCUGAAAAACCAAAGCAUGAUCCAGAAAUUGCCAAGGUCCAAGAACAGUUGGAUGUCUUAAAUGAAAAACUCCAAGAACGUCUCAAACAGCAGGCUGAAAAGCAGAGAGCUGCAACGGAGGUCAAGGCCAGACUAGCAGAAAAGGUCGCACACAAGGAUAAGAUCAAACUUGCCAUCACUCAAGCAGAAGAGAAAGGACAAAAGCUUAGUCAUAAAAUUGUUCAGUCACCGGAGAAGGUGAGAGAAGAACAGGAGUCGAUGAAGCAGCACCUGAUGGAGCUACACGGGAGUCUGGAGAGGAAGCGGCAGCAGCUGGAUAACAAGCGGCAGCAGGUGGAGAAGUUCAAAGUUUCCAUCACAAACAGCGAGAAAGCCAUCAAACUGUUGCAUGGCAUCAAAGUGGACAUGGAUGCUGCUGAAGCAAAAGCGAAUGAGAUAACUGCCUUUCGGGAGAAGUUGGCAGAUAAUAAAGACCUCCUGAAGGAUUUAAGGAAGAAGAUUGAGAUGGUUGAAGAAAACGUUUCAAAUAGACAGGAGAAACUGUACAAGCUCUCACUACAGCAGCAGAACAAAGAGAAGGGGAUGAAGGAGACCAUAAACCAGCUGCAAGAGCAGUUAUCCAUGAUGAUGCAGCAAUUCAGCAGCAAAGAGAAAGGCCUGCGGGCAUUAGAGGAGCAGAAAUGGGAACUUGUGGCAGGAUUACAGGAACAGCAGCGGGCUCAUGAGGAAAAAGUCAAGUGCAUUAUGGGAAUUUACUCUGAAAUAGUGGCAGUGGUGGACAAAUAUCACACUAAAAUAGGCUUAGGGUGGAACCAGAUAAGAGAGGCCUUCACUGAAUGACCUUGGAGUUUGCCUACAGUGAAGUGACAAUGGAAUCGAUCCUCAUCAAGUCAGCAUUGAAAUCUGUACUCAUCAAGUGAACUUUUAAUAAAUAAAUCUGGAUGGAUGUCUCUAAUUCAGCCAAUGAAAGUUUUAUCUAAAACACCUGUGAGUGCUUCCAAAACAAACUGCAGGUCUUUGAUUUUUCUGUGUGCAAAAUAUGCAAUUAUAAGGGAAAAUGUUUGCCUUAUCAGUACUACUGUUAUGAAAUCUCUUUGCAUUGUACAUGUAUGUUCCAAAUUUGUUAUUUGAGUUUUUAAAAAUAUUUUAGACACAUUUUAGAUAUCUAUGAAAGAAUCAGUAUUGCUUUAUGUACAUGUAUUUUCCGUAACUUUAUAUAUUGGUAGUUGAUUGGAAAACGUUCAGGUUAAAAACAUGUACUGGUAUACUGUACAUAUAUUUCUUGUACUUGUUAAUCAUAAUUAUCUGUUGUUUUGAUAUGUUUUGUUGCAUACAUUAGAUAAUGUACAUGUAGAUGUAGAGUUAUGCACAUUAAAGUAUUUAACAUUUUCA